UAUUUCUCAUCAAGGUGUGUCCGUUCACUUAAAAAACAGGAAAACAGAGCUAGCAAAACAGUGACAUGGUGGUAGAGAGAGUUCAGGCGCUAGCCAAUGGAGGCCUCCAGGAGCUCCCGGACCAAUUCAUCCGCCCGGCCCACGAGCGGCCGGAGAAUAGCAAAGCCAUAGAUGGGGUCACCGUUCCCGUCAUCUCCCUCUCCCAGCCGCACGAUGUCGUCGUGGACGAAAUAACGAGGGCUUGCAGUGAAUGGGGAUUCUUCCUCCUCACGGAUCACGACGUCUCGCCCGGGGCAAUACGGCGGCUGAAGGAGGUGGGGGAGGAGUUCUUCAACCUCCCACAGAAGGAGAAGGAGAGCUAUGCAAAUGACCCAUCUAGUGGUCGUUUUGAUGGGUAUGGAACAAGGAUGACUAGAAAUCUUGACGAGAAGGUUGAGUGGGUGGACUACUUUUUUCAUGUCAUGCACCCUUCUCCCAAGGUCAAUUACGACUUUUGGCCCAAAAACCCUCCUUCUUACAGGGAAGUGACAGAGGAAUACAAUGUGGAACUACGGCAAGUGACAAACAAGCUACUGGAGUUGCUCUCGGAGGGACUAGGCUUGGAAGGGAAGGCAUUAAGGUCUUGUUUGGGCGACGAAAUAGAAUUCGAAAUGAAAAUAAACAUGUACCCGCCAUGCCCACAGCCUCAACUCGCCCUCGGGGUCGAACCCCACACAGACAUGUCUGCUCUCACGUUGCUUGUCCCGAACGAUGUUCCCGGCCUUCAGGUUUGGAAAGACGGUAACUGGGUUGCUGUCAAUUACUUGCCAAACUCACUUUUCGUCCAUGUCGGUGAUCAAGUUGAGGUGCUAAGCAACGGUAAGUACAAGAGCGUUCUUCACAGGAGUUUGGUGAACAAGGAAAGAACAAGGAUGUCCUGGGCUGUGUUCGUUACGCCUCCACAUGAAGCAAUGAUCGGUCCUAUUCCGGAGCUCAUUAAUGGAGAAAACCCUGCCAAUUAUUCAACCAAAACUUUUGCUGAGUACCGUCAUCGCAAAUUCAACAAGAUUCCACAAUAACAACGUUUCGGCUACGUGUGGCGUUGGCAUUGGAAAAGUUUGGAUGGAUUCUCUGUGUUACUGGGAAUAAGUCUUUUGGUUACUUAAGAACAAUUAAUACUUAUUGCUAGUAAUAUUUAUCAUUGCAAAUAAUCUCUUGGCCAGUUCAGAAUAAGUCUAGACUCUGGCUGCCAAGGAGUUUUUAGAAUUUUAUGCAGUUCUAUCUGGAUUUUCUGUUGGAAGACGUUCCAUUUGUUUGUGGCUCAAUUGCAAAGAUUGAUUUUACUAGGAAAUCGUCUUCAUUGAGGCCUAAUGUACCGCGCGCGCAUUCUCUAUUUCUCUCUACAAAAAGAAAAGUUUAUGUUAUCAUCCAGGAUGGAAUAUUGAAUGAA